CACACACACACAUCAAACUGCAUGGGAACAUGUCGCAGUACACUCUGGGAGUUCACCUGCAGAUCCUGCUGGCUGUGGGUCUGGCUGUGUUCUGCUACUGCCUGGUUUUCGGCUGCAUCCUUUGCUGUCGCAGGAGGAAGCGUGUUUCAUCGGAGGACAAGGAGGCCGUUUUCCUGUCUCCUCAUCCUGCCGAAAGGGUGACUGUGACAUUGACUCCGUCUCCGUGCACCCAGCCUGUCAAGCAGCAGUACGAGGAGCUGGAGGGGGACGUGCUGGAGUUCCCCUCCUCUAAAAGCAGCUCUUCUCCCUCUGAGGACGACCUCACCGCCCUGCCCUUUGACCAGAGCCCUACCAGAUCAGCUGAGCUGGUGCAAUCUCCUGGGUCUUCUUUCCCGAUGCGGCGCCUCAGCACCCCGGCGGAUCCCUGCUCACCCAGCAAGCCUCCGCGUCACGUUAGAGCCUCCCUGCCCUCCCUCACCAAGCUGGGCCUGGUGUCCAGGUCCCGUCGGGCGAUGGGUCGACGCAGCACCGUGAGCGGUGUAAGUUUUCUUUACGGCGAGAGCAGUCGACUAACUGCUGUUGCUGCCAGCGCCCCCGCCCAGCAGGGGGAGCCCUGUCUCUCACAGUAUGGCUCUAACUCUCUCUCCAUCGCCUCCAAGCCAGCUCCUCUCCUUCACUUCUCCAUGCUCUUUUCCUCGGCCUGUAGCACCCUGAUAGUCAACAUCCUGGGGCUCUCGGGGGCCAGUCGAAGGCGCACCGGGGUGUUUGUCCGGGUCAGCCUUCCUCCCCUCUGCCCCACCCCUCAGCAGAUUGCCUCUCGGCGCCGCAGCGUCAGUCCGGACCUCCACGGCCAGAGCUUCGUGCUGCAGGUGGGCUCCGUGGAAGAGCUGCGUGGCUGCACCUUGAGACUCGCUGUCUACACCAGGGACUUCUCAGGCCUGAGGGAGGCCGCUCUGGGGGUGGUGGAGCUGCCCUGUGAGCAGAUGGAUUGGGAGCCUGACACCACCAGCACCUACACCAGGGAGCUCAGCCCGACCAAAAGCAAGCUGAAAAAGAUCGCUCACAUUUUUUCAAAAGAUCUAUCUCUCCUGCACCCUCAGAGUGUGAGUUCCCAGGAAACAUUGGGUCACAGGAAGAGCUCGGUGUGCGUGCCGCGGGCUUUGGGCCAGAUGUUCAUCCUGCUGCAGUACCAGACGCCGGCCCAGCGCAUCAAGGUGAUGGUCCGAAAGGCUGAGAAUCUGGCCAAGCUCACACGGAUCCCAGGAGCUCCAGACCACUACGUUGUCAUCAACCUGCGUCAGGAUGGGAAAGUAAUUGGUACCAAGGAGACCAAAGGGGCCAGCGGUCCGAACCCCGUCUGGAACGCCCCAUUCCUGUUUGACCUGCCCUCUGGUGACAUCACUCAGCUGCCAUUGGUGCUUGAGUUCAUCGUCAUGCAGGGCCGUCUCUACACUAAGAGCAGCAUUCUGGGUCGCGUGUCGAUUGGCAGCGAUGCCUCAGAGGCCGGACAGGGACACUGGAAGGAAAUGUGCAGUCGUGGGCAAACUGAGACGGCUCGCUGGCACACCAUCCAAUCAGAUGUGCUGUAGGACAGAUUGACUGACUGAGGGACUGCGCCCGCUUGUCCCUCUGCCGGCCAGUGAGUGAAACACAGAGAGGUGGAGUUCGAUUGGAAUAACAUGCGAUUGGGGCGCACGCGCUUCAAAGUAUUUAUUUUUAGUCUUUUUACUUUAAGGUCCGUUGUUGAUUUUUUGGUAGCUUUGAUAGAUGUCCAUAUCAUUACUCAACAGAUAGGGUAAUGAAUUAAGUAACUGGUCAUGCUGUUUCGGGAAGAGACAAAUAUCAGAGAAAUAUCCAAAUGGUCCGUGAGUAUCGGCAGAGCUUUAGAGAGAGAAGCACCGAUCACUGUAUGGAGCAGAGAUGUGCGGCAGCUUUCUCCAUAUCAACAGUAUUCUGUAUCCCGGCAUUGCCUUUGUGAUGAUUUCCAUUGUGACCGCUUAAAAACUGUAGUCUGUAUAGCUGUAUCAUUCUGGUUAUAUGCAACUUAUGCUGAUGUCGUGGUACUGUUUGUAUUGUGCCCAGAGGCUAAUGUUAAUGUUGAAUGUCACGGAUGUCGCCAUUCGUGGUUUUUGCAGCGGUGUAUUACUGUGCCAGUAUUUGUCUCCAUGCAGUACUGUAAACACCUCUUCUUGCGAAUAUUUAAGAGGCCAUUACAGUGGCCUGCUGAAUUAUUGUUUUUCAGUUCCCAUGAGGAUUUGUAAGUUUUCUUCUCUUAUCGUCCACAGGAAGCUACAAUAAACAUUCACAGAUGCCACAGCUCCGUUUGGAAUACAUAUUUACAAGGUUCCAAGCCUUCUCUAAUAGUUACCACUUUAUUCAACAAUAAGGCAAAAACAGACAGACAUAAGAGUGAAGAACCACUUUGUAAUUUGUCUGCUGUGACACAGUCUAACAUGGGGUCUUUGCUAGCAACAUUAUUGAAUGUCGUGCACUACUCACACACUGUGGCUGCCUUGCUAUUGGCUUUUAUUAUUGAACACAAUCUGCUGCAGUGACUCCAUUUUUGAUUCACGACGCCUCUCAAUACAACAGAAGCCUCAAUGGAGGUUACCAAUUAAGUUGAUUGCAUGAAGACUUUACCAUAGACCGUUUUAUCUGCAGUCAAUGGAACACUGUAAAAUAGAAAUUGAAAUAGAUGUGGUCUACUUUAUAGAGACUUGCGCAAUAAAUAUUAGCUAGUCAAGCGAAGAGAAGUUGGACAAUUAAGUCGGACUACUAAAACAAUUACAAUAUUGUUUCUCAGUUGGAUUAGAAAUCAUUUUUACACAUUAUUAGACUUCAAUUUUAGGGCUCAAGCUGACAUUUGUGUGGCCUUUUAUUGUCAACGUUAAAAACACCAAGUUUAAAGGUAUCCACAACCUAAAGGGUAUCGUACUAUAUCAUCUAUUUUACUCUACAUUUGACCAUAAGUUACUCAAUGAACGCCACAGUGUCCAAACUAAAGAAAUAUGUCUUCAUAAAACUUUCAUUUCAAAUGUAACACUUGGACUAACAAACUGAAGUGGGUUUAAACAUAAAUUAUUAAUAUGGUAAGAUAUUGUUCAUUUGGCACCUUUCAGAUAUUUGAUAAUGACAGGAAAUUGAAUGUGUUUCUAAUACCAACAUGUAACACUUUUUUGGUUUUAAAGGAAGGAGUUAUUGUGUUGUGUUUGUAUUUAUUGUAUAUUGACCAUAUAGAUGCCUGCUGGUGCCAUGUAUUGUCUUAACUGUAUAUGAAUGUCUUUGCUUUUAAAAGGGAAUAGUUUAAAAUAAAUUGAUAUAUUAUAUUAAGGAAUUUUGCCAAAGAUGUGGAUUUUAUUGAGUUUUUUUUGGACAGACAAACAAUUAAAUAUAUGUUUGUGAAAGGGAUCAUGUAAAUGUGGUCAUUUCAUAGAGUUCUCAUCCUGCUAACAGUUAGACUGACACAGAACUAUGGAACAUAAUAAAGAGUCUUGCUGCUUUGAUAACUAGAACAGCACAAUCAAAAUGUUGUUUUAAUUCCAAUUCAUAAUCCUGAGACAUAUGCAAACAUUCCCCUCCGCUCUUUCCUGCUGGACUUUUCAACCUGCCUGCCUUCAAAUCAUCUGGUCCUGAUAGAGAUUUUGUGUCAACUGAAUGCUUCAUGAAUAAAUAUUGUCAUUGCUUCCUCCUCAGUGGGUGACAGCCCUCCGAUAGUUUUAAAUAUCGACAUGAUGUCCAAUCCAAACAUGAUGUGAUCUAACUCCUCGGGUGUUCUUACGUCAUAUCAGAUCACCAAACAAAUGUGACGACUGCCACAUACACACAGUGACUGUACACUCUAAU